AUGCAUAUUCCUGUCAGUCGUUUUCUAAAGGCCUCCGAGGACGAUUGUGUCGCGUACGCUGUGGUUGACUGCCUCACUCAGUGGCUGGAAGGUUUUCGCAAAUUGACAGACCAGUCGAUCAACGAGAAGCUCAAAUCGCUCAUUCAGGAGUUUCUCACACAUGAAAAUUCGAAGUGUCGAUUGAUCGCGCUGAAAUAUAUGGAAGCAUUCUUAUCUUCUGACGAAAUCGACUUGCGAUGGAUGCUGCUGCAAGCCUGUGGAGAUAAUCGAGACGAGAUACGUGGAGAAGCAACUCGUCUUCUCGAUGUGUCACUGAAAGUCGAUGUCCCUAUUGAAAAAGUUGCUUCAUAUUUGUGGGACCACCUAAAAGUAGACAUAGUCGAUUCCGAAACUGGAAAGGAAAAGUCCCAGUCAUCCCAAGUUAUUUCUCCACUCAUUCAUCAAAUGAGUUCACGAUAUUUAUGGGCAAUAAUGGCACGAGCAGCCGGCUUGCAUACUGACCUCAAAAUUAUCGACAGUGGGCAUGAGUGGAAAGAAAUUGCUCCUAAAAUAGCUCAGCAAAUAAAAAUUCUUCCUUCAUCUUGUCAAGAAUGCAUAACAAGGAUUUCACUCCAAGCUCUUAAAGAAGCUCAAGAGGUGCCCCUGUUCCACAUCGCUACGUGUUUUUCGGCCGCAUGUCCUCCAAGCGAUCCCCCUGUGUCACUUUUGACGUCAUGUAUUCAACGAAUUCGUGGAACAACGCGCUCUGACAUGGCUAACGUUGGCGCUCACUUAGCAGCCUCUUUGCUUGGCGUCAAGGAACGUGAGACGAUAAAUGUUACGGCAGGGGAUUGCUGGUUCAUCAGCGCAUUUAUUGCCUCCCAUGCAACGCCUCGUUCGACAGUCCCAACAGUGAUCAAUCAUCUCAUCAACAUAUCCGAAGAAGGAUACAAUAAACCGAACAAUGUAUUGGAGUCAGCGCUUGGUUCUAUGGCCAACAUAUUGCGUACCAUUCUAUCACACGACAAGGAGUUCGAAUUACCUGCAGAUGUCCUGGAACGUCUAUUGUCCGUUUGUGAGAAGAUAGCUGUUUCGCGCAAAGAUGCUGUUUCUACGAAAGCACAUGAGGAAGCAACAAAUGCCAUAGGUUUCUGCGCCACAACAAUGAGUUCAUCAAUUUAUGAUAAGUUGUCAGCGGUACUCUAUUCAAUCGGAAACGGCCCUCCUCAACCAGAAGUUCAGCUUAUAGUAGGGUCAGCGCUCUUUGAUGUUGCGCUUGGGCCUUACUCAACCUCUCGAAGAAACUUGUAUCUGACUUUGGAGGAAGAUUUUGAGCUGAGCUCGCUUACUAGUGAAAUACAAGACAAUUGUGAGAAGCGACUGGCUCAGAUAUUCUCAAAAAUUUUUGACGAGAAGCUGUCAUCCUUGAAUCAUCAUGAACGACGUUCGGCUUUAAUAUGGUUACUCGUCAUUGUUCGAAGGAGUUUCAAGGCUCGUGCCAGUCUAUUAGCAGGGAUGCUGGACAAAAUCCAGACUGAUUUCACCCAGGAUGUAGCGUCAAGUGGAAUCGGUUUGGUCUACGAAAUGGCAUCCGGUGACCAGCGAAAGGCACUGGUCAAUGAUCUUAUUUCACGAAUAUCCGAUGGAAAGCCGUUCUCGACUACUAAAGUGGAUUCCAACACAGAAAUCUUCACUAAAAGAACACAGAUCACUGGUCCCGAUUGCACAUAUAAGGAACUGUGCUCGCUAGCGACAGAUCUCAAUCAACCUGAUCUGGUCUAUAAGUUCAUGAAUCUUGCAAGACAUAACUCAGUAUGGAACCUCAAGAAGGGUGCAGCCUUGGGUUUUGCGGCUGUGCUAGAGGAAGCCAGCAACGAAUUUGAACCAUUCAUUGGUCAGCUAGUACCGAAGCUGUUUAGAUAUCGGUACGAUCCGGAUUUGAAAGUCAGACAAUCGAUGCGUUCCAUUUGGACCGUGCUUACAGCAUCGCGUAGAGGACUUAAUCUCUCAUUAGUAUAUCUGCGAUUCGCGUCUGGUAAUCUCUCUAAUGAGGAACGUUUGAGAUUGCUACCUUCAUUUUUCGAAGUACUUUCGUCGAAGGUCAACGAAACAAGUCAAUGUGCCGAGCUGCUGUCACUAUGUGUUCCAGCUUUCAUGAUUCUUACACAGAAGGAGAAGCACACCUGGCCGAAGUUAGUGUUGUCUGAGGAAGUGAAGCUAUUGCUUCUCAGAUUCCUCCACUGCAUUGUGGCUUUUCCGGUCGACCCCCCCGAUGUAAUAAAGUCCACAUGCACUGCUCUCACAAAUGGUGAAAAAGUCUUCACACCAGCGAUAACCGCUGACGAGUACCUCAUGGUUGCCGGGAAGGUGUUCACCAAAGACGUCACUCUUGUUCCGAUCAAAUUGUGCGCUCUAAAACUUCUCGUUUCUGGAUUGUUUGAUGAGUUGGCCAUUUUUUCUAUCCUUGUUUUAGCUUCUGCCCAAAAUAUCGACUCUGUCACCAGUGCGGCCGAGGCGGCUCUAAAGAAAAUUGACAUUCAACUGUGUGUGGACAAUCAAGUGGUUGUUGACGAAUUGAUGGCCGCUUAUUUGGGAACGACGACGGUAACGAAACCAGUAAUGGGCAAAGGCACGGUUAUUUCUCCGGCUAACUUCUUGAUGAAACAAAAAAUUUUGCAAUAUCUCACACGCUCUUCGAUCGCACCUGUGACGUAUAUGAAUAAUAUGAAGAUAUGCCUCGAUGGGCUCACACAAGCGUCGUACACCAAGCUGCUUGUAGCUGCCUUGAAUUUUCUGUACAAAGUUAUCGAAAAGAUGCCUGCCGCUGCUCAAAAAAAUCUUUCCGCUCUGUUGUUCGAUCGUGUACAGAAAAUUCGGGAGGAAGUCAAGAACGGCAAUGCUCUGUCACUGAUUUAUCGAUGUAUGGGUAUACUUGGAAAACGUGAUCCAUCCAUUAUUACGCGUCAAAUAGACACAAUACCGCUUACAUUCAGGGAGAUUGCUCAUGCUCCAGACGAUGUCGCGUACGCUGUGGUUGACUGCCUCACUCAGUGGCUGGAAGGUUUUCGCAAAUUGACAGACCAGUCGAUCAACGAGAAGCUCAAAUCGCUCAUUCAGGAGUUUCUCACACAUGAAAAUUCGAAGUGUCGAUUGAUCGCGCUGAAAUAUAUGGAAGCAUUCUUAUCUUCUGACGAAAUCGACUUGCGAUGGAUGCUGCUGCAAGCCUGUGGAGAUAAUCGAGACGAGAUACGUGGAGAAGCAACUCGUCUUCUCGAUGUGUCACUGAAAGUCGAUGUCCCUAUUGAAAAAGUUGCUUCAUAUUUGUGGGACCACCUAAAAGUAGACAUAGUCGAUUCCGAAACUGGAAAGGAAAAGUCCCAGUCAUCCCAAGUUAUUUCUCCACUCAUUCAUCAAAUGGUAUGCGUUCUUUCAUAUUUCCAUUCAAAAACCUCUGCAAUAUUGGUUCCUCUCCAGAGUUCACGAUAUUUAUGGGCAAUAAUGGCACGAGCAGCCGGCUUGCAUACUGACCUCAAAAUUAUCGACAGUGGGCAUGAGUGGAAAGAAAUUGCUCCUAAAAUAGCUCAGCAAAUAAAAAUUCUUCCUUCAUCUUGUCAAGAAUGCAUAACAAGGAUUUCACUCCAAGCUCUUAAAGAAGCUCAAGAGGUGCCCCUGUUCCACAUCGCUACGUGUUUUUCGGCCGCAUGUCCUCCAAGCGAUCCCCCUGUGUCACUUUUGACGUCAUGUAUUCAACGAAUUCGUGGAACAACGCGCUCUGACAUGGCUAACGUUGGCGCUCACUUAGCAGCCUCUUUGCUUGGCGUCAAGGAACGUGAGACGAUGUUCCCUACAGCUGUUUCAGCAUUGGAGAAAACAAACGUUACGGCAGGGGAUUGCUGGUUCAUCAGCGCAUUUAUUGCCUCCCAUGCAACGCCUCGUUCGACAGUCCUAACAGUGAUCAAUCAUCUCAUCAACAUAUCCGAAGAAGGAUACAAUAAACCGAACAAUGUAUUGGAGUCAGCGCUUGGUUCUAUGGCCAACAUAUUGCGUACCAUUCUAUCACACGACAAGGCUCGUGCCAGUCUAUUAGCAGGGAUGCUGGACAAAAUCCAGACUGGUUUCGCUAUGGGUCUCGCAGAAAACGACGAUUUCACCCAGGAUGUAGCGUCAAGUGGAAUCGGUUUGGUCUACGAAAUGGCAUCCGGUGACCAGCGAAAGGCACUGGUCAAUGAUCUUAUUUCACGAAUAUCCGAUGGAAAGCCGUUCUCGACUACUAAAGUAUAUCGGUACGAUCCGGAUUUGAAAGUCAGACAAUCGAUGCGUUCCAUUUGGACCGUGCUUACAGCAUCGCGUAGAGGACUUGUUGAAGAGUAUGCAGAUGACAUAGCCAAGGAACUUCAGCAACAGUUGAUAAGCCCAGAGUGGCGUGUUCGAGAGUCUGCGUGUCUAGCGUUAGCGGACUUGAUCCAAGGGAACGAUUCUAGAUACAUUCGCUCGAUUACCCCUCAACUAAUGCUUGCGCUUUUCAGGCUACGUGAUGACAUAAAAGAGUCCGUUCGUCAGGCUGCAAAUCGAGCCCUAACUACAUUGGGAAAACUUGCUGUUCGUCUAUCCUCGGAGUCACCGAAAGGCCAUGAUCCUCGCAUAUUUCUCAGCUCACUACUUCCCCUGAGUAAAACGGCUGGUUCACAACUUCGUCCCCACCUCGCCGAACUUAUUCCUUCUCUUAUUGAUACAAUAAGUGAUGCUGAGCCGGCAGUUCUGAAUUACGUGGCUGCUCGCUCCAGUUUGGAUGAAUUAGAAAUGCUGGAUGAUGCGCGAGCAAAGAUGGCGCGUACAUCGCCUAUGAUGACUGCUAUUCAAGAUCUCCUUCCACAGAUUGACAGCGGUGUGUUGGUAGCGAUACAACCUCGAUUAUGUGAGCAACUACGAUCGAGUGCCGGUGCCAGCACUAGGACGGCGUGCGCUCAGCUACUCACGAUGCUUGCGCUCAGAUCCCCACAGUUACUAGGAGACCAUCCAGCUCAUGUGUUGUUCAACGCUUUGAUAUCUGGAACGCGAGAUCGUAAUCCCUCUGUGCGGAAACACUUUGCAAGUGCUGCAUCUUACAUGGCGAAGUAUGCCUCAUCGUCUUCGUUUGAAACACUAAUGAGGACUGUUUUGAAGGAUCUACUUGCAGAUGAUGAGUCAAUGAAACAGUCGGCAAAGCACGUUCUGAAGAACUUGUCCGCAAACUGUUCUGAGCUCCUACAGGGUUACUCCAAACUUGUGGUGCCCUACGUUUUUAUGGAGACGUGCCAGCUUGUGGUGCGUGGUGACGAAGCUUCCAAGAAACGGCAGGAGGAAUGGUCCGAUCUCUGGAACGAAAUUGUGCCCAGCACAGAGGCAGCCGUUCGCAUGUAUCGAGAAGAGAUAAUUUCUUUUGUUGUGGAUGUUCUACAGAACAAUGACGUUUGGUCCGUUCGCGCUCAAGCUGCUAGGAUGCUUACAGAAACGACAAAACACCUUCAGGAUAGAUUAGAAGGAACAGACGCAGGUAUGCUUUCUUGU